AAGGAAAGGAAAAUUUUUUGUUAUUUUAAUCCUAUUGCUGGCAUAUCUUAGGUACUCUUUCGAUUUCUGGAAUUCUUCAGUAGAUUUGAUUGGAAUAACUAUUGCAUUAGUUUGUGGGGACCAGUGCCUAUUAGUUCACUUCCUGACAUGAAAGCUAAGCCUCCAAGAAGGGAUAGCAAAGAGUUGUUUUUCAGUGAACAGUUUCUUAAUUCUUGCAAGUUCUGUUAUGGUGCUAUCCCAAGUAGCCAAGAGAAUGAAGAGAAACCUUUUCUCUCCAAAUACUUCAAUGUUAUAGAUCCCUUGUGUGCAAAUAACAAUUUGGGGCGGAGCAUCAGUAAAGGUAGCUCCUUUAGGAUAAAGAGUGCAAUUGCUUUAGGUGUGCAGCGGUUAGUGAGAUUGCUGGAUUGCCCAAAAGAUAAUAUAAUACCUGAAUUUGAUUUGUUUUUCAAAAACACAUGGGAUAGAAACGGAAAUGGUUACUGGAUGGAUGCAUACUUUUAUAAUCUUUAUGUGAGACAUAAUGAUGUUAAAACUUCAACAAGUCAUGAAUCUGAGGUUGAUCGGGCUCAAGCUUCUCAUGGUAUUUAUCAGCAUUUGGAAGAAUCAAAACAAAUGCCUGGAACUUCUAAUAUAGAGCAUGCAAGUUCCAUGAAGAAUGCACUGACUAAGGGAGGCCAAAAUCCUACAUAUUCAUCAAAUGAUGUUCACGACAUGCUUCGCUUUACCAGGUUUUACCCUAGUCCAGAAUUUGCUCAUAUGUACAGUGAAGUUCCAACUCAACAUUGGUAUCCUGGGUUAUCAGAAAGAGAAAGUGGACAGAUCCAUUCUGCUCCUUCAAGUGUUGACAAUAGCUCCAGUUCAAGAUAUGAAGUUUUAGACAACCAUAAUAUCAGAAUUCCAUGUGAAAAUCAGCAAUCUUUCGGGAAGAUUUCAUAUGAUUGGAGAUAUGAAGAUGCAGUUGACCCGGGAGAUACUUCAAGUGGUUAUUAUUAUGACUUUGGCCCAGGUGUCAAUAACGAAAUUGGCCUUCCUGUUGAUGAGGCAAUGCUGAUGCAUCAGGAAGAUCACCGUUUUCCAUACUUCAAUGGAUGUCUGCAAACACCAAUAGAUGCGAGUUCAAGUAGUGUCUCUUUUCCAUCAUCACCACCAGCACAUGUUUUACCUUCAGAAUACACACAUGGAAACACAUUCAAUGUGCUUCACGCAAAUGUCCCUUCUUUUGAUUCCUUUUCGGACCAAGUGAUGCCUUACUCUCAGGACUUGGUUCCAUUCCCUUCAUUUGAAUGGUCAUUAAAUAAGCAAGGAAUUGCUGAACCAGUUGAUUAUAAUGAGUUAGUAGCUCAUUCAGAUCAUGAAAGGCAAAUGGCUAAUAACAGUGGUUCCAGCCCUGGUAAUUCGUCUUCGCAGACUGGUUCUACAAGUUACAUGCCAAAAGAUUAUGCUGUAACUACUGAACAAAAUUGGUUAACCGAAGAAAGAGAGCGCGUUGAUCCACCUGAUGCAAGAAUCAUAAAGGGUGAUGUGAACUAUAGAGCAAGCUCUAGUUACCCACCUUUGCAUUCAACCUCAAGGGCCAACCCAUCUUCCUCUACUUUCUCUAUUGGAUCAUCUUCAAAGACUUUUCAACCUGAUGGUGUUAGUGGAGAUAGGAUUAGCAAAUCAACUGUAGGCACUGACUGGAGUGAGAACACAACUAUUGAAACCGAUACACCAUGUGUUCAGACUCUUCAAACUGUGCCUAAUUCAUCACUUCCUGACACUCCUCUUCAUGUUGAUCCUGGUUCAAGUAAGAGAGCUGUUGAUAACCAAAUUUUAUUACCAGUUUCAUGUGGUUCCUCUGGACCAUCAUUUCAAGUUCCUAAUAUGUUCCCAAACUACCAUCUUCUUACUGAUACUGGAACUAGUUUGGACAUGGAUGCUGCGCUAGGCAAUCAUUAUACUCCUGAGUCAAUUGUCGAUGUGGAUUCUACUCCACAUUCAGAUACUUUCCCUGUUAACCGUACCAGUCAUGAUGAACCUUCAGAUAAUUCUGUGAAAGAAAGUCAUGAUAUUUUGGAUGGUGAUUUUACAAGCUAUUGGGUGAAUAUGCAGUAUGGACGGUUCUGUCAGAAUCGACAAUCAGAUGCGUCUUUGCUUUAUCGUCCCUCCUUUCAAAUGUAUUUAAGGGGACAAUUUCCAUGGUAUAGGAAACCUUCAGGUGUCAUGAACAUUACGAGUCAGGAUUGUCCCCCAGUUCCUGUUAUGACAGCUCAACUUGCUUCUGCCUUGCCUGGAGGUACUACUCAACAUGCUGGCUUUUGGCUUCCUAGAUUAAGUGAUGGGACUGGGACUUACCUGCCAAACCCAACAUCCUACCAACAGAGAAUUUACAGGAGAAAGGAUUAUCCCAGAGAAAAUUUCAGAUAUGACAGAAGGGAUAAUCAUAAUGGAAGAGAAGGAAUUUCUAAUUGGAAUUCAAGAUUUUCCACCCGCGGCCAGUUUCACAACACAUUUGAGAGGAGGCCAGGUACAAUUGAAUCAUCACAUCAUGGUGAACGCCCACGUAGUGCUUUUAAUAGGCUAACAAAGUUUGAUAGAGAUUCUAUACAUUCUUCUCCGCGCAAUCCCUCAGCAUAAAAAAUCCUUGGGGUUCAACAAGACGAGCACCCAGCCAAUAAACAGAGAUGCUGAUUUUCUGCUUAGCCAGAAAUAUUUUCCUCUUCGGUUUGUGCCUCCUCUACUAGGAUGAAGCUUGGACUGAUGACCAUUUUGUACACAAGAAGACAGUGUGAUAACAGUGACAAUACUCACUUUCUCCCUAACGUUGUGCCAUUUUUAUGAUGGUAUCAAGAGGGAUUCCAGUAGCUAUGGAAAAAGCACGUGUUAUCUUCAAUUUACCACCCCCAUUGUUAGGGGUUGUCUUUUAGUGUAAGAAAAUUGCUAUAUAGAGUUUAUCCUUUGUAGGCUUUUAUUAUCUCCUGUAGUAUCAGGCUCGUAUAUUAUGAAUGUCUUUAUGAAAACAACUGAUUUUACUCCCUUUAAAUUGUUAUCAAUGUUUUAAUGCUGAAAGAUGGCUCAAGAAGUUAUUCUUUCUUGGAACCUUUUC